AGUGUUUCGGCCAGCGCCCGGCUCCGGCAGCACGGCAGCUCGCGCGCGCACCCCUCCGUCGCGGCCGCUACCACUCUGACUUGACUCUGACGUUCACUGAAAACACGGACACCUUCCAUGGAUUGCACUCCGAGCGGCGUGACGUCACCGGGUGGGCGGAGCGAGAGGCGGAGCCAGUGCGAGCCGCCGCGGCGCUGUGCUACGGUCGAUGUUGAUCGUGACUUUUGUUCGUUUGUCGCCGUCUCCGGUGUUUGUCAACAAAAAUGGCGGACGCGAACGAUGUUCACCACUGUCUCGCCUGUUCGAGGACAAUAAUCGGUCUGGACGCCUACGUGGCUCACCGGCAGACCGGAUGUUCCGCUUUAACCCCCACCCGCACCCCCACCCGCACCCCCUCCCGCGCCCCUGUCCGCACCCCUGUCCCCGUCAUCACCCCCGCCCGCACCCCCACCGCCGCCAGGCCUCGGUCCUCCCUCCCAAUCAUCGACGUGAAGAAAAUCACGCUCGGAGAUGGAGUCGAUGCACUAAAGGGUGUCCUCAGGGGCGUCACGGUCUCGGUCUCGCCAGGGGGUCCUGAACUGGCCACCAUUCAACAACCGAGCAUGAGUCCGGCAACGGUGAUACGUGCUGGGACGCUCCAGUCUGGCAGCAUGAUGCCGUUGUCGAAGAAUCUGCUGUCCUCCACCAUACCGCUAACGUUGCGGGUCGUACCUCCGUCGCCGCCGGAACCGGGCCCGGAGCCGGAGCUGGAUCCGGAGCCUGAUUGGGAACAGGAUCCGGAUUCAGAGCAGGAUCCGUGGCCGGAACAGGAGAUGGAACAGGAGCAGGAUCCAGAGCAGGAGCCGGUGCCGCCUGCCGUGACCACCGAGACCGUGCCGUUUGCCGACUCCCCCGACUUUGCAGACGACUCUCCGGCGGGGUCUCCUGCCUACUCGCCUCCCUCUUCCCCUCCCGCCGACGAAGAGUCCUCCCCUCCCUCCUCUCCGGUCCGCACGCGCUCAGCGGCCAAACGCAAGGCGCGCACACGCUGUAAGGAGUGCGGCAUCCAGUUCAAAACACGCAACGCGCUCAGCGAGCACAUUCAGCUGACGCACAAGUCCGGCCUACAGCCGAGUAUGACUACUCGAGCGAUGCGCAAACUCGGCAAACGGAAGCCAGGUCUGCGCGAGCCGGCCUGGGUGCGUUCGGCGCAGGAGGCGGCUGCCGUGGCUGGACUCGAGCCGGGCAUGCAGUCCGAUGAUGAGUUUGGUGCCGUGGAGGAUAUCCUUAAAUGCGCACUCAAGAGGCAGACGCCACCGCCGCCGCAACGGAAGGCUAAGCGGAAGAAAAGGGUGACGUUUAAGGAUUUUCCGUCGUCAAAUGAGGAUGAGGAUGGUGGUAAUGAUGGAAAUGACGGUGGCGGUGAUGCUGGAGAAUUUGAUGACGAUUUCGGUGAACGGGAUGGUGAUGAACUCGAUGACAGUGUCGGUGAAGAGGGCGGUGAAGACGCUGAAGACAGCGCUGGAGGUGGCGGCGACUCUGAAGGUCGCGCCGGCAGCCCCCGGCCCCUCGGCAAGAUAUAUGUGAAGAGUUUCAUGGAGACGCUCUACACCUGCCCGCUGUGCGGUCCCGUGCACGAUUCUAGUCUGGCCUCGCACGUGUUCAGUGAGGACCACGUGGCCGCCUACCAGGUAUUCAAACCGGCGCUGGACGAGACCUCCAGCAGCAGCGACAGUGACUCCAUGGCGGCGCUACUCAACGUGCUGACUGUGGAGGCCAUGGCCAGCGCGGCGCCUUACGCUCCGUACCGCUGUCUGCCGUGCCAGUUCUCCUGUAACCUCCUCUCCGACCUGAAACUGCACAUCAAGUCGCUCAGCCACCGGCUGAGGCGCGCCGAGAAGCGCUGCUCGCGCUGCGACGAGCCGGUCCUCACUGACGACCAUAUGGACACGCCGGAGCACCAGCGGGGCCCCAUCACCCUCUCUGCCGCCGGUAACGGCUUCGGCUGCGGCCUGUGCCAGGCUCAAUUUGAGCUAGAGUUUGCCGCCCGCCAACACGUGGUGCGCCGGCACAGCGCCGACCCGCUCGGGAUCAGCAUGUGCAAGCAGUGUGGCCUGGUGAUGACUCCUGAGAUGAAGAAGCGUCACCGGCACUUCCACUUUGUGUCCCGCCGCUGUGAGACGUGCGGCAAGCUGCUCAACAGCGCUCAGGAGGUGGAGAAGCACCUGAGGAAGAGCCUGUGUCAGUACGACGGAAAUGUGCGGCAGGGGAAGCACGCGUGCCGCCACUGUGACUUCAGGAAUAAUCUCAAGGUGAACGUGCUGUUCCACGAGUCCCUCACCCACCACGCGCCGCACACCAGCCGGAAGAAGACCACCUCCCGACCGACCGCCCAGAAGGGCGCCACAGGCAAACGGACCCCGCUGCGCUAUCUGUGUCCCCUGUGUGACCUCUACUUCCGGAAACCGUCGCUGAAGUCACACCUGAUGAAACACACGGGAGAGGCGCCCUUCCAUUGUCUGUACUGCUCCAGGUACUUCUUUUUGGAGGAGGAGCGCGAUCAUCACGAGCUUGUCUCGCACCAGGAGCGGCAGCGACAGCACAAGAACAAGCUUCCGUCGGAGGAGGGCACUAUCGCCGGCAUCCAGCGGGCCUUCCAGCCCGAGGUGGGGUGCCCGAUCUGCGAGAAAAAGUUCCCGAACGGACACGCGGCACGUAUGCACUUGAACCGCGAGCACCGUGGUGAGGAGCGACGGUGUCCCGUGGAGGGCUGCGACUUCUCGUCUACUCACUCGAGUCUGCUGAACCGACAUCUGAAGGUGCAGCACCCGGACUACCGCCGCUUCAGCUGCACGCAGUGCUCCUUCUCCUGCAGUACGGCGAUUGCACUGGACACACACAUGAACCUGCACACCGGUCUGAAGCCGUACAAAUGCAAACACUGCGAGUUCGCCACCCGCUUCCCGCCGCACCUGAAGCGACACAUGCGUAUCCACACGGGAUCGCGGCCGUUCCCGUGCCCCUACUGCGAGUACAAAGCCAACAACUUCGAGAACCUUCGGAAGCACAUCAUCACCACACGCUGUCACCCGGGCCUCUCGAUGUAUAUGUGCAAGUUCUGCACCUCCGACGAUCCCUCGCGGCCGCAGUUUGGCACCAACUACGCUCGCGAGUUCAAAAAGCACCUGCGCGAGGAGCAUUCGGACCAGUUCGAUACGAGCGCGUCCAUGGCCACCUAUGUGGCGGGGUUGUACAAUAAGGAUGAUGACGUCAUUGAGACGAAUGUACCGAUCAACCAUACCUACAAGGAGAGGAGCAAGAUCCCUCGUCCGCGCCGGUUGCCGGUCGCCAAAAGCCGCGGCCGCCAGCUUAUUCGACAGCUCAACACGGACACCCCCGCUACCCCCUCGGUCGUCGACACCGCCGACAGCGUCUCCAACGACCUCACGAUCACCGUUCUGCCGGGGAAGCAGUUUUUCCGCCUGAGCCGCGGCCGCGGACAGCCGCCGCUGCUGCCCCGGGGAAAGGUGGCCAUCGUCGCCGCUCCGCUCGUCCCGCAGGAUCCGCUAGCCAUUGCGGGGCUCACCGAGGCUGGGCAGAAAGAGGCCGAGACCGUGCCGACUAUAGACUACGUCUCUGUCGGCGACUCGCUAUCCCUGCAGAUAGCGCCACCGGCGGACGCCUCGCUCGGCACAAUGCCGGCCGACGAGCCGCGCACGUUCGCGCCGCCGCCGGUAGAGGCGCUGCAGUCGGAGCUGGUCGACGACCCGGGCGACUCGGAGCCGCGACCGACGCGCUUCUCGGGCUCCGGGGCGCUGGAUGAGCCGGUGGUUCCGCAGGUCCACAUCGAGGACCAGAGCGUGCACCGGACCACUCUGAUCCAAACAGACACUGACAAUCCGGACAACGAGGUCAUCUCCCUGGAGACCAACCUGCCCACCGAGAUCACCGUCGUGCAUAGCGAGGACACGGGCGAGUGCUCCUCGCUCCUUAUGACUUUCUUCACCGACAAGGGAUCGCGUCACGUGAUGGUACCCCGUGACGUCAUCAUUCACAAGCCCGACGAGCCGCCGUUCCGCAGGGUCAAGGUCGUUUUUACGCCCGAUGAGACGGAGGGGGCGGAUAAGGUUACCAUUCAUAAGUUUUACUGAAGGAAGGGUGUUUGGGCUGUGGUGCAAUGGUGUGUCAUAUUGAAGAACCGGUGUUAGGUGUAAUUAGUGCUGCAUUGAAAAACUGAUGUGCAGAAGGCUGUGGUCCGUGCGGUGUAGUCGGAAGGCCGGUGUAAAAAGUCGAGAGGAUAUGGUGAGAAAGUGAGAAGUGGUGUGUGAGCUGUGUAUAUGUAUAUAAAGUUGCGUCAAGAGUACGACAGCCUCUAGAGGGAGAUGGCACGGACGGACAACAAAUGGCGUGUCUGUGAGAAAAAAUGGCACUUGCAUUACGCGCUUUUGCGUAUACAACAUCUGUGAUUGAGCUCGUCCGACGUCAAAAAUGGAUUGGAUGUUGGCAUGUUGGUCGGAGUUGAUCUGUAUUCAAUUCGUUUGUUACGUUCCGUUCGUAUGUGUUCUUUAUUGGUUCAUGAACGCGCUCCGCUAAAUUUCAACUUCUGUGCUUCUGUUUUGGCUCGAUGAUUGCUUGAUGUGAAAGCUUGUGCUGGUGUUCGUAUUUUAUUUACUUCUGUUCUGCUCGAGGAUUUUUCGAUGUGAAGCUUGUGCUGAUGUAUUGACCCCACUGCCCACUGAUGGUGACGAUCUUGGGCAUUCGCUGUGAGUGACCCAUAGAAAAAUACAUCUAUGCUGGGACA